UAUCCGCCUUCGAAAUAGAAGUAUUGCAACCUGAAGCUUCUCUCCUCUCCCAUUGCGUCCUCCAAAUCCCACCUCCGCCAUGGCCGAACUAGAAGCCUCUCCAAACCCAAAUCCUAAGCCCAAGAAGCCAACUCUUUGUGAGGAGUGCGGCUCCAAUCCAUGGAAGUACCGCUGCCCGAGUUGCUCCCGCCUCACUUGCAGCCUCCCAUGCGUCAAAUCUCACAAGCAGCACACCAGUUGCACCGGCAAGAGGAAUCGGACCGAGUUUGUCCCCCUCUCCCAGUUCGAUGAUGAUCGUCUCUUCUCUGAUUACAACUUUUUGGAGGAAACAAAGAGGGUGAUGGAGUCGGCUCAUCGGAUGCUUGCUGAGUUCCGGGAGGGGUUCAGGUUUAAUAAGAUGCCGGUGAGGCUCCGUCUGCUUCGGAAUGCGGCCUACCGUCGGAGGAUUCGGCUUAUGAUUCUCCCGCCUGGCAUGUCGAAGAGGGAGAAGAACCGGUCGAGAUAUGAUCAGAGGUUUGUUUGUCUUUAUAUUCUAGAUUUUCUUGUUUGUUGUGUUUUUAUUGAUUUUGGAAUUCUUGAUUCUAAGAAGUAAAGAUUAUUAGAUUGAUAUUAGUUUUAAAUUCGAUAUGAUCUGUUAACUAGUGUA